CUCCAUCAACACUUUCUGCUCCCUCCCCCCACAUUUACUGGCGCGUGCAGCCCAAUUGCGAUACUUCACUCUUUCUGUGCUCGCCAUGACAUAGGCCUCCCCUGGCAGCGCUGUGUGUUCAUCUCUUAGAGCUGUGCGCAGCAGCGCGUUUCGGAACCCUCGAAGCCGCUAUUGCUUUACGAGACAACCUCACGUUUCCCUCGGUUUUGCAGCCAUAGCUGCUCACACCUUCGCUCAUCAUGGCGGACGCCGCUAUUGACAUUCCUUAUUUAUCUUCUCAUUUCUCUUUGCCCGAAACCACGCUUUCAUCACUCACUGAGGCCCCGACGAUUGACCUUGUCAACCAGCUUCUUCAAUCCAUCACCGCCAAGGCACACGGAUAUGAUGAGCUCAAGUCGGACAAACUCAGAUUGGAGGUCGAGCUCGAAAAUGCAGUGCGCAGCAACGAGUCGAAAAUCAAGGUGCUGAAAGGCACGGUGGAAAAGGGCCAUAAUGAAAUCGAAGAGCUGCGAAAGAAGCUUCACGAAUCUGAAUCCACGCGUGGAGCAUUGGAGACUGAGAUCUCGACUCUCAAAUCUUCCUCAACCUCCAAUGAAGGCGAAGUCAGCUCCCUGAAGUCGCGCAUAACAUCUCUCGAAGAAUCGAAUCGAGACACUCUUCGCUUGCUAGAGUCCAAAUCCGCUGCCCACGACAAGCUUGCGGAGGAAUUGUCCGCCCAACACAAGAAAACGAUUGAACUACGCCGCGAACUGUCGACCAUCGAGCAAAACCUCCAGAACGCCAACUCCGCAUCCGCCAGCGCACGAUUCCGUGAACAAAGCAUCCAGCAAGAAUUAGACCUCACCAAGAAGAACAACGAAUGGUUCGAGACCGAAUUGAAAACCAAGAAUGCCGAACACAUAAAGUUCCGCAAGGAAAAGAAUGCUCGCAUCGCUGAGCUUCAGCGCGAAAACGAAGAGGCGAACUCUUCCAUUGAUGCUUUGAGGCGCACCGAGAACUCCCUGAAAAGUCGGUUGGACGAGACCGAGCACCGGUACGAAGAGGCUCUAUCUACCAUCCAACAGCUGAAGGAAGAGGCUAUCCAAGCUGCGGAGUCUUUCCGUAACGAGCUAGAUAGCGCCAACCGACUCGCCGAGCUCCAAGGGUCUGCUGCACAGAAUGCCAAGCAACGGGCUCAGGAGUGCCAGCUGUCCCUGGAGAAGGCUACUGCUGAUGCGGCAGAAGAGAUAUCUCGCCUGCGUGUAGAGGCCGAAGCCGAACACAAUGACAAGGAGGCUGCUGAGCGCCGCGUGGCCGAGCUAGAAGUUUCCAUCUCCAACCUUGAGUCCGAGGGAGCACGAAACCGCUCCAUGAGCCCUGCCCGAUCUAUUAACGGCAUGGCCCCUACGACACCUGUCCGACCUGGCACACCCGGAAGCACCUUCACUCCGAGAACCGGUCGAACCAAAAAUGGUCUUUCGGUUACUCAGAUGUACACGGAGUAUGACAAGAUGAGAACACUCCUUGCAACAGAGCAACGGACCACCCAGGAGUUGCGCUCAACUCUUGACGAGAUGGUACAAGAACUUGAGUCGAGCAAGCCAGAGAUCGACGAAUUACGCGCAGAUCACAGCCGUCUCGAAAAUGCUGUGAUUGAAAUGUCUAACCUCUUGGAGUCGUCAGGUAAAGAACGUGACGAGGCAACGAAAGAAGCAAGAAAAUGGCAGGGCCAAGUCGAAGGUCUGGUUCGCGAAGGCGACAUCUUGCGCCAACAACUUCGGGAUCUUAGUGCGCAAGUCAAGGUUCUUGCCCUCGAGGUGGCGAUGGUCAAGCAGGGCGAAGACUACGACCGUGAGGAGCUCGAAAAGAUUGCUCGCCAGGAAAUUGAAGAUUCUUCGGCUGAGCUGAAUUCAACUGGCCGCUUUAUCAGCCAAAACCUCACCACCUUCAAGGAUCUGCACGAUCUGCAAGAACAGAAUGUGACUCUACGCCGUAUGCUCCGAGAGCUUGGCGACAAAAUGGAGGGUGAAGAAGCCCAGGCCAAGAAUGCAACGAGACAACAGGAAGCUGAGGAGCUAAAGGAGUUACGGGUCCGCGUUCAGACGUACCGAGAUGAGGUGGCGAACCUUCUCGCUCAGUCCAAGAGCUACGUCAAGGAGCGUGAUACAUUCCGCAGCAUGCUGAUGCACCGAAAACAGACGAUUGGUGAUACAUCUGUCUUCUCGCAGUCUAUGCCGCUCGGUGCCGUUCCCCCGGGUGUCACUGACGGCCAGUCGAAGGAUUCCACAGAUUACGCCGAACUGCUUCGCAAGGUUCAAGCCCACUUCGACACCUUCCGUGACGAAACUGCAACAGACCACAAAGCUCUACGUCAACAGGUCAACGAGCUUUCGCGCAAAAACAGCGAGCUCUUGAGUGAAAUUAGUCGAUCUAGCAGUCAACUUGCCGCUGCUUCUCAGCGGGCUGAGCUCCUUCAAAGCAACUUCACUAUGCUCAAGAGCGAGAACAGUGACCUCCACAAGCGGUAUUCAACUCUAUUUGAGAAUGCCAAUCGCCAGGACCUUCGCACACAGCAAGCAGCUGAGGACUUGGUCGAGGCUAAGGGCCUUGUGGAGAGCCUUCAGAGAGAGAACGCCAAUCUUAAGGCGGAGAAGGAUCUUUGGAAGAAUAUUGAGAAGCGAUUGAUUGAGGAUGCAGAGAGCAUGCGGAACGAGCGCAGUCGGCUUGAUUCUAUGAAUGCUAGCUUGCAAACAAUGAUGAACGAGCGAGAGCAUGCAGACAGCGAGACUCGCCGGAGACUUCAAUCUAGUGUGGAAACUCUGGAAUCGGAACUACAAAUCACCAAAAGGAAGUUGAAUGACGAGAUGGAAGAGUCCAAGAAGGCUGCCAUGCGCCGUGAAUACGAACAUGAGCAAAGCCAGAAACGUAUUGAUGACCUCGUGACUAGUCUUGGCUCUGUUAGAGAGGAGCAGGUCGCCAUCAAGACUACCCGUGAUCACUUGCAAUCCCGUGUUGAUGAGCUCACCGUUGAGCUCAAGAGCGCUGAGGAACGCAUUCAGGUUAUCCAGUCACGCCCGAGUGUUUCUGCCGCACCUAAUGAUGUUCCUGCUGCCACCCAAGAAGGAGGAGAGGGUGCUAGUGGUUUGACCCGAGAACAGGAGCUUGCUAUCGAGGUUUCUGAACUCAAACGUGACCUCGACCUUGCCAAGGCAGAACUGGCUCAUGCCAAGGAACAAGUUGAAGAAUACAAGAACAUCAGUCAAUCAACCGAAGAACGCAUGGAAGCUGAAGCAGAGACCAAUGCGAUGUACCGCGAAGAGACUGAUCGUCUUAUCGAAGAGAAGGAUAAGAAGAUUCAAGAUCUGGAGACUCGGAUCGAAGAGAUUUCUUCUGAACUCUCUACUACCAACACCGAGAUUUCCAAGCUACGUGAUGAGCAAGGCGAUGCCACACGUCAUCUUGAAGAACAGAAAGCUACGCUCGAAUUAGAAAUUACUCGCCUGAAGGACGACAACGAACGACAGGUCGCUGCUGCCCAAUUCCACCAGGAGGAUCUGAAGGCCCAAGCCGAAAUCGCUCAACACGCUCAGCAAAACUAUGAGACCGAAUUAGUCAAACACGCUGAAGCAGCGAAGAACGUUCAGAAUAUCCGUGCCGAGGCGAACCAACUGAAACUUGAACUUGUUGAAUUACGAACCCAGUCUGAAACCUACAAGAAAGACUUGAGCCAGAAGGAGGAGAGCUGGUCUGAGCAAAGAGCUCGUUACGAGAACGAGCUAAGUGAGUUGCACAAACGUCGCGAGGAAGUUCUUCACCAGAACUCUGUUUUGCAUACCCAGCUGGAGAACAUCAGUGCCCAGAUCGGCGCUCUCCAACGUGACCGUGCAAAUGUCCCCGAGGAUGCUGAGAAUGAAGAAGGUCAGUCAGCUCCCAACCUGGAGGGUCUUCAAGAAGUCAUCAAAUUCCUGCGCCGGGAGAAGGAGAUUGUGGAAGUGCAGUACCAUCUUUCGACACAGGAAGGAAAGAGACUGCGCCAACAACUCGACUACACCCAGUCUCAGCUUGAUGAAACCCGACUCAAGCUGGAGCAGCAGCGACGCGCUGCGGCUGACUCUGAGCACAAUACUCUCAACCACAACAAGCUGAUGGAGACUCUCAAUGAGCUUAAUCUUUUCCGUGAAAGCAGUGUCACUCUUCGCAACCAGGUGAAGCAGACCGAGACUGCUCUCUCGGAGAAGACUUCUCAGCUUGACGAGCUUCGCCAGAAGAUUGAACCCUUGGAGACUAAAAUCAACGAACUGGAAGGAAAUCUGGAAGCGAAGGAUGGUGAGAUGCAGCUACUACAGAAAGACCGUGAUCAUUACCAGCAACGCAUCCAGAAUAUUCUCCAGAAGUACGAUCGAGUCGAUCCAGCCGAAAUGGAGGCCCUCAAAGAGAAACUUAAUACUCUGGAGAGAGAACGCGAUGAGGCAGUCUCGGCGCGAGACGAGUUGCAAGCACAAAAGGCAACCCUCGACGAGCAGCUUCAGACUGCCGAGGCCGACGUGGCGAGCCGUUUACAAGACCAGCGUAACAAGCUUGGCGAGCAGUUCAAGGCCCGGUCAAGGGAGCUCUCGGGACGUCUCCAGGCUAAGCAAACGGAAGUGAAUGCAGCUAUUCAAGAGAAGGAGGUUCUCCAGGAGGAACUGAGCAAGACCAAGGCUGAACUAGAGAGUGUGAAGGCCAGCCUAGCCAAUGCUCCUGCUGCGGCCGCUCCUGUACCAGCCACCACAACCGAAGCUGUGCCGGAAACUACAACAGUUAACCCAACCCCUGCCUCGCAGUUCCCCACGCAAACAACGGCCGUUGCCGUGCCUGGAGAUGAACAAAAGGUUAAGGACCUGGAAGCGAAGAUCCAACGUUUGGAAGCUGCCUUGGCUGAAAAGGAUGCCCUUCUUGCAACCAAGGAAGCUGAGCACAAUGCAAACAUCAAGGAACGCGUCGAGAAAAUGAAAGAGAACUACCUGGCCAAGGUUGCGGAACUCCGUGCUGCUCAUGCACAAGAGCUCCAAAAGCUGUCCUCGACUGGAGAGCAACCGACUCCUGCUACACCUGGAGUUGCUACAGAGAUGCCUUCGACACCUUCCAAGACUUCUAUUGAUGUCUCGGCGCUCACAGAUGGCCAAGUUCGGGAAUUGGUUGCGAAGCAUCCAACAAUUCGUACUAUUGUUAAGAACAAUAUUAUGACCCAGGUCGCCAAGGAAAGAGAAAACUUGAAGGCCCAAGCCCAGGAUCAGGCAGCGCCUGUAGUGGACAAAGAAGCGCUGAUUGCUGAGGUGGAAACCAAAUUUAACGAGGAAAGAGAAACGUUGAAGAAGAGUCAUGAGGCGGAUCUGGGGGAGAAGGUGAAGUCUGCUGUGGAACUGAACGACAAGAAGUAUGCCGCCCGCCUUAGUAUGAACGAAACCCGGUUCAAGUCGGCUCAGGCCAAGAUCGAGGUCGUUCAAAAAGCGGCUCAGGAGACCCCGCAAAAACCUGUUGUCGAAGUUUGGGAGUUGGCUAAAACUGCGAAGCCUGCUCCAGUCGCAAAGCUCGCGGCAGUCGCAUCUCCCGCUCCGCCUGCUUCUCCUGCGCCCGCCGCUUCUCCUGCACCAGCUGCGGCUCAGGUGGCGCCGCCUACUCCAUCGCCAGUGCCAACUCCGGUGCCUAGCGUAGCGCAACCUGUGGUGGCCAACAACCAAGCAGUCACUGCUGAACAACCCGCUGCCCAACUACAACAACAACAACAACAACAACAAGAGGUCAAGGAGGAAGGUGAAACCCAAACCACUGCACCCGCCAAUCCUUUCGGUCAAACGCAGUCAAACGAUCAAUCGAAACAACCUACUUCUCUCCCUACCAAGCCGCCGGCUAACACCCCACCUGGAAUGCUCCGGGCGCUGCAGUCAGGCUUGCCCGUUGUGCGAGGUGCUCGCGGAGGCGGCCGUGGUGGCCAGCAAAAUAACUUCGGUCAUGGCCAGCAGCAAGGUGACCAGCAGCAAACACAGGGACAAGGUCAGAACCAGGCCCAGCGUGGCACUGGCCUCCCACGAGGUCGCGGUGGUCGUGGUGGACAAGGCCGUGGUGGACACAAUGCUGCCCAAGGACAGAAUCAAAACCAAGCACAGUCAGGUCCUGCAACUCGCGGUGGCUUGAACAUCCAGGCCCGCCAAUUCAUUCCUCAAGGAAAUAAACGGAACCGGGACGACGCUGCGGAUUCUCCCACUGAUGCCAGUGGUGGCAAGCGCAUGCGAGGUGGUGGUCAGUCUCGUGGAGCCUCAUCCUAG